AUGAUGGCGGCGACUAUGGUAGCUCGGCGAGCCGGGACGCGGUGGGCCCUGGCGUUCUGCCGAAUGCCGUGGCUGCCGCUGAUGCUGCUGGUGGCAGUGGCGGCGGCUGCAGAGCAGCAGGUGCCGCUGGUAUUGUGGUCGAGUGACCGGGACUUGUGGGCUCCUGUGGCCGACACGCACGAGGGUCACAUCACCAGCGACAUGCAGCUUUCUACCUACUUAGACCCCGCCCUGGAACUGGGCCCCCGGAAUGUGCUGCUGUUCCUGCAGGACAAGCUAAGCAUUGAGGAUUUCACAGCAUACGGUGGUGUGUGAAAUAAGCAGGACAGCGCCUUUUCUAACCUGGAGAAUGCCCUGGACCUGGCCCCCUCCUCACUUGUGCUACCUGCUGUUGAUUGGUAUGCAGUUAGCACUCUGACCACCUACCUGCAAGAGAAGCUUGGGGCCAGUCCCCUACAUGUGGACCUGGCCACCCUGCGGGAGCUGAAGCUCAAUGCCAGCCUUCCUGCCCUGCUGCUCAUCCGCCUGCCCUACACGGCCAGCUCUGGACUGAUGGCACCCAGGGAAGUCCUCACAGGCAAUGAUGAGGUCAUCGGGCAGGUGCUGAGCACAUUCAAGUCUGAAGAUGUCCCUUACACAGCAGCACUCACAGCAGUCCGCCCUUCCAGGGUGACCCGUGAUGUAGCCAUGGUGGCUGGUGGGCUAGGUCGCCAGCUGCUUCAAAAACAGCCAGCAUCAGCUGUGAUCCAUCCUCCUGUCAGUUACAAUGACACUGCCCCAAGGAUCCUGUUCUGGGCCCAAAACUUCUCUGUGGCAUACAGGGAGCAGUGGCAAGAUCUGACCUCUCUCACCUUUGGGGUGCCAAAGCUCAACCUGACUGGCUCUUCCUGGAAUGAAUCCAUUGCUAGGCUUUCGCUGACCUACGAACAGCUUUUUGGUACCACAGUGACAUUCAAGUUCAUUCUGGCUAGCCACUUCUACCCGGUGUCUGCCCGACACUGGUUCACAAUGGAGCGCCUCGAAAUCCACAGCAAUGGUUCUGUUGCCUACUUCAAUGCGUCCCAGGUCACAGGGCCAAGCAUCUACUCCUUCCACUGCGAGUAUGUCAGCACUCUUAGCAAGAAUGGCAAUCUCCUUGUGGCUGGCACACAGCCCUCCCUCUGGCAGAUGACCUUUCAGGACUUCCAGAUCCAGGCUUUCAAUGUGAUGGGUGAUCAGUUCUCCUAUGCUAGCGACUGUGCCGGCUUCUUCUCCCCGGGCAUCUGGAUGGGGUUGCUCACCUCCCUCUUCAUGCUUUUCAUCUUCACCUACGGCCUGCACAUGAUACUCAGCCUCAAGACCAUGGAUCGCUUUGAUGACCACAAGGGCCCCAGCAUCUCUUUGACCCAGAUUGUGUAACCUGUGCCAGUGAGGGUUUGAGGGGGUGACGGUGUGCAGAUUGUCAUUUUCCCACCUUGUGGCACACUGGACCCAAGGGCUUCCCCUCUUCCUACCAUAGCAUGAAACCCAAAUUCCCCUCAGCCUGUCUUGGUCCCUCCUCAGCAAGGGCCUUCCCUGGGGCUGCUCCCCACAUCUCUACCAACAAGGUGUACAUAUUCUACAUAGAUAGUAGACAAGUCUCCCAGACUUAGUCAUUGUGAGGGGUCCCCCUUCUCCCCUUUAUCCUUAUUUAUUCUUGUCUCUCCACCAUUACUCCUUGCGGUUUAUAGAGCUUUUGUGUGGCAAAUGCUCUCUCCCCAAGCUUUAUGGAGCUCCCUGCAGCCAGGAGCUUGAGGUUCUUGAGUUUGGGACUGGGUGGAAAAUAUUACUUAACUGUCUGUCUAGCUUGACUGUCACCGUGGUGGGUUUUUUUUUUUUUGGUGUGUGUGUGAUGUGAUAAGAAUAAGCAGUACGCUGGGGUUUAUUUUUGUGUCCUUAGAAGGAAAAGACCUUUAUGACAGGUGGACUGGAUAUGCUUACUGGGUUUCUGGCAUGUUCCCACCAGGAGUACCUGGCAGGAGCCUGGAGUGCUCCGUUUCCUUCCUAAUAAAAUAAUAAAGACGGGUCGCCAUACGUUGGGCCUCUUGUUGCUCAUUUCUGCACUUGACUGAGGGAGGAGGCGUUGGAUAUAGGCCAGCCAGACCAAGGCGUGGAGAGGCUGGGAGGGUUUUUAUCAAGCU